AUGGCGUCAUCCCUUCCUGCUGCUAAGCAGCAGCUGAGAAGUCUCAUGAAGCAGAAGCUGUCCAAGAUCACUCAGGACUCCAUCACAACUCAGAGUCGCUGUAUUUUCGAGGCCUUGAAAGAGUUCCAGCCUUACAAGGAUGCUCGGCGCGUCAGCAUCUAUCUGUCUAUGCCGACGGCUGAGGUCCAGACAGAUGCUAUUGUGCGCCAUGCCUUGUCCGCUGGCAAGCAGGUCUUUGUUCCUUACUUACAUAAGUCGCCUUUCCAAACACCGGACACUCCAGCUCGGGUAAUGGACAUGGUUCACCUAAAAGACGUCCAUGAUUAUGAGAGCCUCAAGUUGGAUAAGUGGGGGAUUCCCAGCGUGGACCCAACUACUGUCGAUGCGAGAAUACGUAUACUCGGUGGUUCAGACGUUCAGAAUUCAGAGCCUGCAAUUCUAGACUUCAUGGUUGUGCCCGGAGUCGCCUUCGACUUUGACCAGUCAGGGUCGAUUCGACGCCUUGGUCACGGCAAGGGCUUUUAUGACUUUUUUAUCAACAGAUACAUGGCAAGACUCGAAACAAAGGGCAUAGCGCAUGACAACCCGCUACAUUUGUAUGGCUUGGCCUUGACAGAACAGAUGGUAGCUGCUACGUCGGAGCUUCAGAUUCCCACAGACACUCACGACCGUAGACUCAAUGGCCUUAUUCUUGGAAACGGCGAGGUCAAAGCCGGAGUACAUGAAUCUUCUACUUCGCGAUAUCCACGACAAGAUCUAUAG